AUGUUUCGUCAGGCGCUUAUUUCUCUGGCGAGGGUGUACGGUGCGGCGCCAGUAGGCGGGGCCGGGCAGCAGCAGCCGGCUCGUCAUCGACUGCUGCACGGAAAACGCGAGCGCCAGGGGAGCCUUUUCGCCAUCGCCAACGACGUCAAGUACGAUGAAAAGCGUCUGCGCCAGCAACUCAAUGCCAUUCUGGAGGAGGAACGCCUCCCACUGCGCACGCGGCUGCAGCGCAACGCGGCCCAUGGAGGCGAGGCGUUGCCGCAGCGCCCCCUUGUCGACCUUCCAGGGGUGGAGCGACGCCGUGACUUGCCCGCCGAUCCACUCACGAGAAUUUUCUUUCAACACAAAGGCGAUCAUGCACUCUACUAUGGCACCUACGACAACCCUAGUCUCCAGGACGACGACCGCAUUCAAAUAGAAAAGCGUGAGCCGCGUAAGUGGACGUACAAUGUGUUUACUCCAGUCUAUGAUUUUUGUCACCGUAUCCGCGAGGCGACAGAGCAGCGGAAGCGCUUUGUCAUUGUGCCCUCUACGCUGGAGACCCGUGGUUGUGCCCGGGUGAUGCACGGCCAUGGGCUUGUAGCUGGGUUCCGUGAUUUUCAUAACGACCGCGCCUUUGCUGUGGAACUGAAAUACUUUCAGGGCGACUCUACAAUCAACGUUAUUGAGCCCUGCGCAUACGACGGCAAAACCGAGUUUGAGUGGAGCCCCAAAAUGAUGCGGCGGCUGCUCAACUCGCACGGCAUUCACAAUCGCCUGGUGGUGUACAUCUGCCGGACCGCAGACAAUCGCGUUAUUGACCACAUACAGGCGGUAAAGGAGAACAUUGGCGGACGCGGACUGAUGAUGGUGCACUAG